AUGGGCGUCCCUCAUGUACUGGACGACUACUUUCUAGCCAUCACGCUGCUGGUGACAGUGGGAUAUCAGCUUCUGGGAUUUUCCAUCGCAUUCACAUUUCAAUUCGACAAGUUGACCGAUUUCGCCGGCGGAACCAACUUCAUCAUCCUGGCGAUCCUCUCCCUCUCCCUCUCCCGCCAGCAUUCCACGCGCCAGAUCCUCUCCUCGUUGUUCCUCAUACUCUGGGCCUUCCGCCUUUCAGGCUUCUUACUCUUCCGCAUCCUCAAAACUGGCACCGACACCCGCUUCGACGACAAGCGCGAUAAGUUCUUCCCCUUCCUCGGCUUCUGGGUCUUUCAAAUGCUCUGGGUCUACACCGUCAGUUUGCCCGUGUCCAUACUCAAUUCGCCCAGCGUCACCAGCAAAUAUUCCGCGCCACCAUUCGGGACUGCCGCCGACAUCGUCGGCACUGUCAUGUGGGCGAUCGGGUUCAUGAUUGAAGCUGUGUCAGAUGUGCAGAAAUACCGGUUCCGCUCGAAUAGCGCGAAUAAAGGACGGACGUGUGACGUUGGCUUGUUCGCUUGGAGCAGACACCCGAAUUAUUUCGGCGAGAUGUUGUUGCAGUUUGGCAUUUUCACGCUGACUAUUUCGCCGUCAGCAUAUGGCUAUGUGCCGGCCAACACGGGAGCGUAUGCCGCGCAGUAUGCGAGUAUCGUAGGCCCGUUCUUGUUGACGUUCCUCUUGCUUUUCGUGUCGGGCUUGACCCUCCAAGAACGGCCGGGGGCCAAGAAGAAGUUUGAGGCAGAUGGACCAGACGGGGAGUCCUGGCGCCAGUAUAAGAACUGGUCGGACCGUACGAGUAUUUUGGUCCCGAUGCCGCGGGCGGUUUGGAGAGCAUUGCCAACAAUUGCAAAGAGGACAAUCGGGUUUGAAUGGCCUAUCUAUGGUUUUGAGCCGGAGAAACACGCCGAUUUGAAGAAGGUUGCUCAGAGGAGGGAAGAGGAAGGAAGACACGAGAGCCAGGAUGGAUUGGGGAGGAAAUAG